AUGGCACCUUCCACUGUGCCUAAAGCAGGCGAUGCUAAUGGCAGUGCUACCAAGCCAAAGUUGGAUAUUGAUAGUGUUCAGCUUGAGAAAUUGUUUAUUCGAGAUGCCGACGUCUUCCAAACAACAUUAGACUCGGAGGAUUACUUGGACAGCUUGGCUCCCCUUAUUAAGGAUGCCUUGAAAGCCAAUGCCUUGUCUGAAUUCAUUGGCAAGUUGAAUGAUAUUGUCAAGCAAAAGGAUGGUGAGCUUAAUGAGAUCUCGUUAGGAUCAGCUCGUGAUAUCAACAAAUGCAUCAAGUCCAUUGACGGUGUGUCCCAUGAAUCGGCCAAUCUUAGUCAAACAAUGCAGCAUGUCAACAACUACUUGAACAAGUCAGCUUUUGAAUUGGUUGCACGUAAGAAGGCCCUUAUAAAGAGCAAGGAAACUGCUGGGAAGGUCAAUGAGACCAUGACUACGUUGAACCUAUGUAACCAAGUGCUCGAGAUCAACAACAAGAUUCUAGAGUUGAUUAAGCAGCAGAAAUCCUUCAGUGCAUUGAAGUUAAUUGAUGAGCUCCAGUCCAUUCAUUUGCCGAAAGUCAAAGACUUUUCUUUUUCCGUUAAGAUCUACAAUUCCAUUCCUCACAUGACAAGCAUGAUUAAAGAAGAAUCUUUCGAGAGUCUUAAAAUGUGGCUUACAACUCAUUUGGAGCGUAAGAUCGAUAGAAUUGGUGACCUGAUAUAUGACAAUUUGUACAAACUUGAUGAACAUUGGGAGUCUCUACGAAACGAUUCUUCAAGCUCGUUCCUUCUACCCCACAGACUCAAUUCUCCAAUUGAGCUUUCUAUGAGAGAUCCAUCCUUGACUUUCCAAGUUUUUGAGUCGGAAGAAUUGGGAAUUUCUUUGAAUCCUAUCUAUGACUCCAUCCUCGUCUAUAACUCGUUGAAGGAUUCUUCGACACUUUCGGGAAUGUACCAUAAGGAAUGGAUGGAAAAGUACAGAAAGAUAAUACAUCCUAUAACGCUUUCUGCCAGCAAAUCAUAUGAUAAAUCAUCCUCGAGUCAAGAACCAGCUGUCCUGUUUCCGGAUUUAAACAGUUUGGAGAGUUACUUACGAAAGAUAUCAGCCUUCUUUGUCGCCGAUAAAGAAUUGAAUACGAAAACCAAAUUUGAGCUUCGUUCGAAUACCACGUCUGAUGAUCUUUGGGAGUCUUAUGUGCUCAAAUUGAAGCCAGUGCUUUUAAACUUUUUAAACACCCGGAAAUGGCGGCAAAAUGAUUUGGAUCUACUCGCUAAUUUCAAGGAAUGUCUAGGACAUUUCCUCCAAGUUAUGGAGAAUAGCCAGUACAAGAUUACCGAACUCUACGAAAUUAUGAUUAUCAUCUUCAGAGACUACUUUGGUCCGAUCUUGAUACAACAUUUCAGACUAGAGUUUAUGGACUCCAUCCAAUCUGAUCAUUACAUGCCUCUUGGUGUAUCCGAUAGAGAAGAUUAUGACAAUGUUAUGAAGUUAUGUUGGUAUAGAAAGGAUGCAAGCUUUGCUCCUAAGAAUGUCAAAUCGAUGCCUAUUUCAUUCCCUUUCAGUGAGGAUUAUGUUCAUUACUGUUUGGGGAUCAGAGCCUUGAUGCAAGACAUCUUAGAGUUUAUUUCUCGCCAGUACAACUAUGAUUUGAAUGAGAUAAAUCGUAUCAUCGUCGAAGAGAUUUUUGAAAGAGUCUUGGGCGACGAACCUGGUGUUGGUAUCUGUAACGAUAUCAGGGAGUUCAUCACCAAAAACUCGGGCAACAAAGAAAUUGUGGUUCAGAGUUUCUCGAAUCUUGAGUACUACGUCUACAGUUUGUACGAAAUUGGAAAACUUCUUGAUUCCAAAUUGCGGAGAUAUAACGGUAUCGGUAUUAUGAACAUUGAUACUAACUCUAUCUUCAAAUUAAGAGCAAUUGAACUAUUUACAAACGUCAGGAAGUUCUCUGAAGACACGAUUUUCAGUAUGGUUGACCAAAAAUUGCGUGAACUUGUUGACCUGGUUGAGUAUGACGAUUGGUAUCCAGCGACACCAAAUAACGAUCCCAACUUUUUCAUCCUCGAUUUCUCCCUCUUCUUGGAGAACAUGUUUAAUUCGAUCUUCUCCAACUUGCCAAGUUCGUUCAAGACUUUGGGAUUGUUCAGAAGUUAUGAUUUUAUCUCGGAACAUUUUCUCAACAUUCUUUUGAACGCCAGAGGUUUCAACAAGAUCGCUAUCCAAAAUUUUGACCUUGACGUUCAGCAUCUUGAGCAAUCUAUGGCUAGACUCGCGGACUCAGGAAAUACGGAUGAGCAGGGUGGCUCGGUGGCCUUGCAAUCUACUUUCGCAGAAUUGAGACAAACGAUUGAUAUGUUGCUUUUAGACGAUUAUGAUGAGUUCCAGAAGAAUGCUUCUUUCAGAAUGAGAAGAUUCGACAGACUUAAGUAUGAGACUGCGAUGAACUUGGUGAAGAAGAUGCAAAGGGAUGAUAUCGUGGACGAGGAAGAGCCAUCUCUUGGUGGCAGCGAGACCGCAAGCAGUUCUGGAGCUGGACUUGAUAGAGAGAACUCCGUUUUCGACUGA